CCUUCAGGAGAUAAUACAUUGCAGAACAUCAGAGGGUUAGAAAAUAUAUAAGUCUGGAGGGGAACAUCAAGUUUAUUUAGUACAAAGACCCCAUUUUACAGAUGAGGUUUGCCCAAAGUCACAGCAGGAGUAAGUAUCCAAGUUAGGAAUUGAACCCAGGUAUACAGUACCUUCUAUUUCUUGAGCUCCUUCCAUUUUACCAUGUUGUCUCCUGGGUGAAAUCUCUCCCCUGGCUUUUUCCUCUCUGGGUGCCUAUUUUGGGCUACUUUGGAGCUUGGAUUUCCAAGUUAUGUCUCUUAAAUCAGUCUUGUCUCCCUCAGAUCACUAUAUAGGAGGGUGGCCUGCCUAAGUGGUCUGUGUGGCUCCACUGCUUGUUGGUGAAAACGGAAUAGUCCUAUUGGUCCUGGGAUAUCCAAAUCUGAGAUAUAGUUUUGUAAUUGGAUUUUCCCUGGAGUCAGAGUAAAUAUUAAUAACAGAAUGCAUACAAUCUUAGGCUGUGAAGUGAGUACCAUGCAUUUGCUACCUUGCACACUAUGAGUUAAUCAUGACAGAUCCCUGGACCCCUCCCUCAUUCCUUCCUGCAGACAAAGUAGCUGAUGUGGUGUGCACCACACAAAUGCUAAACCCAAGAGCAGCAGAAGGUCCUGUAGCAACUGACAAACAGCUUUCUAGCACUCAGCCACCCUCAGUUCUAAUCUGGCCUCAGAUGUCUCCUGACUGUGUGACCCUGUACAAUGCAUUUAACCCUCAUCGCCAAGUCCUUACCACUAUUUUGUACAUAUAGUAUGUAUUAUUUCAAGGCAGAAGAAUGUAAGGGUUAAAAACAUGCCCUUAACUAUACAGGUUAGUAGAUGCUGUGAGAAGGAAAUCACUUUAAAAGACUGAUAUAUAUUAAUUUAAGGUCACCAAGGAAUUCAGCUAUGUAAUUCCUAAAUGAAAACUCAAGUCAGCAGUCAACCUUUUAUGGAGUUUAAUUACAAACAGGAGGAAGAAAGGUAUUAGAGAUAGAGAGAGAGAGGGAGAGAGAAAGGGGAGUGAAGGGAAUAGGGCUUAAAUACCCCUUCUGUUUAGGCUGGGCCAAAAGGCCCAAGCCCUUAGAUAGCUGAGGCAAAGAAAAGACAUCAGUCCCUAUCACUCACGUGACCAAAAUGGAGAAACAGUCUCAGGGGCCUCCACCUCCAGCUUCCUUCAGAGAAAGCUUCUCCGAGCACAACCUCUCCAACCAACCACCCCUAGUCCUCAGACCCUGCUAUCUUUAAGGAAACCAUCCAAGUUCCCUCCCCUCAGUUCUCACAUUUACCAAUCACUGUCCAUGUCUUCCCUGUGCCAAUGGUGGCUCUACCUUAACCCAGGACCACCCAGAGGUCUGUGGCUUUGCACAUGUCUGUUGAAGGUCAUAUUCUCAAAUAAUUAAAUCUUGAUCCUUUGCUGCAACCCUUCCUAAAUCCUGUUGCCCUGAGUAGGGUGGAGAUUGGAAUAAUUAAAUUUUGAUCUAUGCUGCAGCCCUUUCCAUUGUUUAGCAAAAGGUUCCUGUCCUAAAGUAAUCUUAAGAAGGGAGGAGGAGGAACCUCCCUUGCCAAUGGGGUUCACAUUCCAAUAGAGUUCCCACUAUCAGUAUGAAAUUUUCCAAGUAUGAAAUUUCCCAAUGGUGAAAUUUCCAACAUUUAUAAGUCUAAGAAAUUUUAAAGUUUACAAUGCCUCCUCUUUGCUUCCUCUCCUGGAGAGUGAUUCCUUCCUACUCUUUGCAGAAAACCCAGUGAAAUCACCUCCAGAGACUGCAGUGAAGAUACCUUUGUGAAGGGCACUUGGCUUCAAGCCUUUGUGGCAAUAAUGCUCUUUUGAUCUCUCUUCCCAGGCAUAUUAUAUAGGGCCUCCUCUUUCCCCUGUGAGAAAUAUUUUCGGUUUGACCAACCAAUGUAGGCCAGGAUAAGAGCCCUUAAUUAAGCCUGACCAUCUAUUGCAUUCCCUGUUCUCAUCUGUGCCUUCUUUAGACUUCAUUUGGGAUGAAACAAGGAUAUUGGUAAAAAUAAAACAUGGAUCCCUUCAGAAACUUUUCUAUGAUUGGUAAAUUUCUAAUCAGAAUUGGAGGCAGGUAGCCACCUGCCAAAGAUAAUGGCCUGUUUUUCUAUGGGACCUAGCAAGCCACCAUCAGGAGUUUUGGGUAGAGUCUGUCCCAGCCUAGACAAAUGGACUUCUAGCCCCUGAGUCUACUGUCCAUGUUGCAUUAGAGAACUCCUCUAUCCCUCCUCUGCCGAGGGUUUACCAUUCCUGAGGUUUCAUUUUCUGCUUUGUGGCAGUAAUUCACUGGUUCAUCUUUAGAAUCUCAGAGGAACAGGCUUCUUGAGAAUUGGUUUGGCCAUAGCUUUCAAGUCCCCAAGGAUUAUGGAAUGAAAAGCAGGUUAUACUUGAGAAAGAGACUGGACUAAGUCCCACCCAUAACUGCAGAAUCCCCACUCCAGAGUAGCCAACAAGCAUCCCCAGUGCAGCAUUUCUAACUUUUUCAGUAAGAUUUUACAUAGAGGAGAACCCACUACUUUCUGGGGCAGCCUCUCAUUUUGGGGCAGUGCUCAGUGGUAGAAAGUGAUUUCCUGACACUCAACCUUAAUUUCUCUUUGUUCUUUUGCAUCUAUUGCUUUUGUUCUUCCCCUGGGUAACAAACCAAAAUAGUGUUUCCAAGAAAACACUUCCAAAGGAAAACCAUUCAAAUACUUAGAAAACAACCAUCAUGUUCCCUUUGAGCCAUUACUUCUCUGAGUUAAAGUUCCACAGUUACUUCAACAGAUACUUAGUGGAUAUGGUGUUGAGAUGUUUUUUCAUUCUGGUUACCCUCAUAGGAUCAGUUAUCUAGAACUUGAAGGGGCCUUGGAUUUAUCUUGUGCUAAUGUCUUAUUUCAAUGUAAAGGAAACUGAGUCUGAGGUUGGACCUUGGUAAACCACUCCAGAGAAGCAGGAUGCCCAGACAGUAACAGAGUCAGGCUUAUCUCAACAUCUGCUGGUGGAGAAACAAGCUCAUAUCUGUCUACAGAAGGACCAAGUGAUGGUAGAAACAGUGUUCAGCCUUUUUUUCAGAGAACACAGAUGCUCCUGGAAUCACUCAGAAUGCAUGUAUUCCACAGCCCCACAGUCAGACAGGGGCUCCACUUCUUUGCCUAGCCUAAACAAAGGAACCAAGUAGUCCAGGACUGUCCCUUCACCCUUUGUUAGGAGUAUGAUGAACACUGCCAUGAUUGGAGCUCAGAUUAGCCCAAUUGUACCUUUUUCAAAGGAACCCACUGAGUCCCCACUUCCUAAGAGGGGUCCUCCCUCUGUUGCACCAGUGACUGAAUUCAGAACCAGGGACAAUGGACAGCUCAGUGGUGUUUCCUCCUUCUCCCCCAGUUCCCCAGAAUGGGAGGCCAUAGAGUUGGUAGUUUAACUGUUUCAUAGCUCAGUACACUCACAUCUGGACAGUCUCCCUCAGAGGAGCUUGACUGGCUGUCUUCAUGGCAAGUCCUGUGAAAGGGUCCAACCCAGAGCCAGAUAUUUAUACUGCUUUCAUCCAAAUCUCAAUUACUACAAGAACUAGGAUCAUAGAGUGUGUCUCAAACUUGACAUCAACCAGUGAAAUACCAGCUAUGUCCACCAGCAGCAGCUCCCCAGCUUUUUCUGAAGGAAGAAUGGGCACUCUAUGGCCCUAAGGCUCAGAAGUCACAAGUCUCUCACAACUUCAGCCCGACUUGGCACAUGACACUCUUUUCCCUCCAACUCCUAUUCCAGUUAUUCCUGUAGCCUCUUCCAGUUAUACCCAUGGCAAAAGAACAGGAGAUCUGCUGAAACCACUACUAGUAACAAACAGACAACUCUGUCUCUUAGCAGCAAAGUCAGACAUAAUCCUUUCUUCUAUGAGCACUGUCACUCGAGCUCCAAGCACUGAGUCAGAAAGCAGCACAAGUCACCCCUUGACCAAUUCUUUUUCUGAAGACCCCAAGGUGUCCUUAACCACUGUUUCUGCAGAAAAAUCCCGAUUAGUCACCUCUAUUAAAUAGCAUCCCUUGACAAUCACAGCCCAAUGGCGGCCAACAUACAGAAUCAGAGAAAAUCUCUCUAAUCCCCUUACCCACAGGGAUCACAGCCAGAACUUUUACUGUCAAGGUGACAAACAGUACCUAUCCUCAGCAAUUUCAUUGCUCAGCUCAACACCUGAAGUGAAUUCAGUUCUGCCUCCUAGUACAAUUCCAGGGGAUAUCCCAAAGAGUUUAAGGUCAUGACUCUGGAGAGACAGGUGGACUACUGUAAAGAUUAAAAUUUUGGGGAGACUGAAGCAAGAUAGAAAUUAGUUUAUCUCUGCAAGGAAUAUUAUAUUUUUAUGAGGUUUAUUGAAGAAUAAAAUAUAAAGAAAACACAAGUAAGAAAAGCACGUGUCUAGGCCCAGAGAGCCUAUACACGACCACUCACAUCUUGCCUGCUAGGUGGAGAGCCGCAUGUGCUCUGAAAAGGAAGUAAAAAAGAAGGCUGAGCCUAUUCACAACCAAGUUUAAAUACCAGUGAGAUUCGAGGGCAUUCUGGGGAAGUGGAGCAAGGAUUUCUGGGGAUUGAAGUCCUGGAUUCAAGUCUAUUUUUACAUUAUGCUAAACACAGUGACCACUGCCAAUGCUGAUUCAGGUUCAAAUCCAGCUGCUGGGAACCAGGGUGGAGCUAUCUAUAACUCAAAUUCCAUUAGUCACCAAAAUUCACAGGGGAGGGACAUAGAAUCCCUAUUAUUUUUUCAUCCUAUACUUUAGUCCAGUGGAACUAAUUCAAUAUCAGCUUCCAAUUUGAUGCCAGGACUAGGGGACAGCCAAUAUUCUAUGGGUAACAUAGGCACAGAGGCCAGCCAUUAACUGUGCAAUCUCAUAUCCUCGUAUUUAUGCAGCACAAACAUAUGAGUGUGCUGUGGACAUUGUCACCCUCAAUGGAAAGUAGUCUUUGAGGCCAAGGGUUGUGUCAUUUUCCUCUUUGCAUCUAUAGAUUUAAGCACUGAAUAUUUGUGGAUUUGUUUGAUAAGGAGACACUGGGGUCUCAGGAAAACAGGCCAAGGAAACAGAGGUUGGACCUCAGACAUGUGUCCCAUGAAGUGAUCUCUUUUAAAACCUGACACCUAGCUUUCUAAGCUCUUGGACUUGGAUUUAAUCAUCUAGGAGGUCUCUUGCAGCUCUAAUAAUAAUAACUAACAUCUAUAUAAUGCUUACUUUGAACCAGUCCCUAUGCCAAGUGCUUGGCAAACAUCUCAUUCAAUCCUCACACGAACCUUUGAAGGUAGGUGCUCUUAUAACCCCUAUUUUUAGGAUGAAGAACUUGAAGCAGUCAGGGUCAAGUGAUUUGCCCAGAGUACCAGAACUAGUAAUGUCUGAGGCUAAUUUUGAACUCAGGUCUUUCUGACUCUAAGUCCAGUUCUCUGUCCACUGCACUAUUUAACUAUUGGAUCAUAGGUAGAUUUAUUUUCUUCUGUUUCUCUCCUAACCAUAGUCUCUCCUCUCAUGGCUGUUUUCUCUCCCUACAGGUUAUAAACAUCAAAUGAGCUUCCCUUGCUUCACAAACAUAUCAUGGAGCUCUUGCUACAAAACCUUCAAACUCAGCUUCACUAUUACCAACAUGUUUUACACAACAAAGAUGAAUCAAAAGGACUCCAGAACAUUCAAGGCUGCUGAGCAUAUCCUACAAAUCUUGCUCAAGGUAUUGUUUGGAAGCAGCAAGCUUGGCUCUCAGUAUUGUGGAUGCAGUGGCCUUUCACUGAGGUCUCUGAGGAACAACAUAGCAACUGGAGUAGAUAUACUCUGCACUUUCAAGAAGGACUCCUCCAACCUUGUCCUGGACAAAAAGGUGGUUUCCUGGGAGCUGACUGAACAGCUCUGUAGAAGAGAGCUAAAACACCUGGUUAUAGACAAUGAUAGCCUCAUUGUGAAUGGGUAUCAACAUAAGCUGCCAGGAAUCAGAUCCACAAAGAGAAGUGAGGUUGGUGUAGGACCUGUCACCCAUAUCCCAGACCAUGGAGAACCAGGAAAAAUCAUGACAUCACUGACUAGUGGCCUCCUGAUCCGUGAAUCCCCUGUAUAUGCUAUAGGAUUCUGUACUGAAACUUCAGGGACACUGAAGAAAGUGAGUGGAUCUGACCAGGGAAGAGAACCAACAAACUCCACCAGUAUCCCUAUGACUGGCUUUAUCGGGAGAGAUUCCAUUGCUGACACUGAAAAGGACAUACGUGUCAUGGAGACAACUCCAAGAGCCACAGCCACUCAAGACCUACUUCUCACUGUGCCUACUGGAGAAGGUGACCUCAUCCCUGGGAUGCACAGGAGAACUGUGUCCUCUCCCACCGAAACCUCAGUUCCAUCUGAGAUAUCCUCUGGAGUCACCAUUGCCAUUUCAAGGACCUCACUCUCGAUGACUCCAGUAGAAAUCACAGCUAGCCCUGGCUCCAGUGCUCCCUUAAACAUCAGCCUAAGCACAAGAACAGCUUCCCUUGAGCCUGCUACUUCAUUGGAGGACCCAGGGUCAGCUGGCCUGACUCCAGAAACUGAGAGAAACCCACAGGCAACACCAACUCCAGCUAUCACCCUGCCUCCAGCCAGCACACAGGAAGUUUGCACAACAGCAUCUCCCAGUCCUCCUGACACAACCACAGAGGGCAGCAGUGUCCAGGAAGGGACAGCCUCUGUUUCUGAUCAAGUGCCUUCCACUUCCAGCCUCUUCCCAAGAGGUGAUGCUGGUGUGGUGCCAGACACACAUGCCCAAGGCCAUGAUGUACCAGGAAGCACAGUAGCACCAAUAAGGAGCCCCCUGACCCCUGUGUCUACUAUUAUCCCCAUAGCAGGGAGCUACAACUGGAAGACCUUCACCCUUAACUUCACCAUCACCAACAUGUUUUAUACAAGCAAGAUGACUCAAAGGGAUUCCAGCACAUUCCGUCUUCCUGAAUGUUUCCUGCAGCGCCUGUUCAAGGUAUUGUUUGAAAGAAGCAGCCUUGGCUCUCAGUAUUGUGGAUGCAAUGUGACCUUGCUGAGGUCUAUGAAAAAUGGAGCAGCAACAGGAGUGGAGGUUAUAUGUUUUUAUAAGGAAGUUUUCUCUGUCCCCGUCUUGGACAAGAAGAAGAUUUACCAAGAGCUGAGUCAAGAGACUAAUGGAAUAACAAGGCUUGGACAUUAUAUUCUAGAUAAGAAAAGCCUCUAUGUGGAUGGGUAUAACCCUCAGAUGCCACCCCCCUCCACAAAAGAAUCAGUCUACCACCAUGGGACCAGAAGAUGGAGGAAACUCUACCGAAUGAAUGGGCAUCUGUUUCAAUCCAAAUGUUUUAACAGAAGAGCCUACUGUGCCCAGUGCAGUGAAAGGAUAUGGUGUCUCGGAAGGCAAGGCUACAAGUGUAUCAAGUGCAAAUUACUGGUCCAUAAAGGUUGUCAUAUUCUUGUACCACGGACCUGCAAAAGGCAUAUGAAUUUGGUGAUGCCAUCCCAAGAACCUCAAGUAGAGGAUAAAAAUGAUAAAGUUGACCUUCCCUCCGAAGAAAAUGAUGGACUCGCUUAUGUUCCCUCAACCUGGAAACAUGACAGCCUUAAAGAUGAUUCUGGGGAUAUUAAGCCAGUUAUCGAUGGGAUGGAUGGAAUUAAAAUAUCUCAGGGGCUCGGGCUACAGGACUUUGAUUUAAUCAGAGUUAUUGGACGGGGGAGUUAUGCCAAAGUUCUCUUAGUGCGAUUGAAAAAGAAUGACCAGAUUUAUGCCAUGAAGGUAGUCAAAAAGAAGUUCGUCCAUGAUCAUGAAAACACCAACUGGGUGCAGACAGAGAAGCAUGUAUUUGAACAGGCCUCCAGUAACCCUUUCCUUGUUGGCCUGCACUCCUGCUUCCAAACAAGAAGUCACUUAUUCCUUGUCAUCGAGUAUGUGAAUGGAGGGGAUCUUCUGUUUCAUAUGCAAAGGAAAAAUAAGCUUCCGGAGGAACACACCAGGUUUUAUGCUGCUGAAAUAUGUAUUGCUCUAAACUUUCUCCACGAACGAGGAAUUAUCUACAGGGACUUAAAACUAGAUAAUGUCCUCCUAGAUUCUGAAGGUCACAUCAAAUUAACAGAUUAUGGCAUUUGCAAGGAAGGUUUGGGCCCAGGUGACACAACAAGGACUUUCUGUGGGACACCAAAUUAUAUUGCCCCAGAAAUCCUAAGGGGAGAAGAAUACGGGUUCAGUGUGGACUGGUGGGCUCUUGGUGUCCUGAUGUUUGAGAUGAUGGUAGGAAGAUCGCCAUUUGAUAUAAUCACAGACAAAUUGGACAUGGACACUGAAGAUUACCUCUUCCAAGUUAUCCUUGAGAAGCCUAUUCAAAUCCCCAGAUUUCUCUCUGUCAAAGCUUCCCGUGUUUUAAAAGGAUUUUUAAAUAAGGAUCCCAAAGGGAGGCUUGGUUGCCAACCACAAACGGGAUUUUCAGAUAUCAAAUCUCAUACGUUCUUCCGUAGCAUAGACUGGGAUCUGCUGGAGAAGAAGCAAGCCCUCCCUCCAUUUCAGCCUCAGAUAACUGAUGAUUAUGGUCUGGAUAACUUCGAUACACAGUUCACCAGCGAACCUGUGCAGCUAACCCCAGAUGAUGAGAAUGUAAUAAAAAGAAUAGACCAGUCAGAAUUUGAAGGAUUUGAAUACAUCAAUCCUCUGUUGCUUUCUACAGAAGAGUCAGUAUGAAGAAAUGGCAUCUCCACUGUGGAUAAAUAAUGUUAAUGAACUAUUAAAUUUAUCCAUAACUACAGUAUAUGCAUGCAAGGCUGGGGAACUGUAAGGUUUUGAGUGGAGACCAAUGAUUUUUUAAAAAAUUGCUGCUGAAAAUCAAAGAAGAGAAUAGAUUUUGGUGGGUAUCUUCCUCUACGUAAUACUAGUUUUCAGUUUGGGGCACUGACAUGAUUGGCUUCUUUUCUGAGGGAAUGUGCACAUGUGCUUGCUUCCCCGAAGAAUCUCAUGUUUGUUACAUCCUCGGGAAAGGAAUGUUCAAAUGACUUUGAAGGUGCACACUUUCUGCAGAACAAAACUUGAUGCAAUGGCCAACAAUUUCAAGAAAAUUUGUGUAAUAUCCUGAAGAAUAAAAUGUUACAGUGGUGUUGAACCUCAAAAAAAAUUAA